CACGUUGGCUUGACUUGACUUGUUGUCCUUAUAUGAAAGUAUAGCCACUGCAAAUCUGUUCCAUCCGAGGCGUGCUGUGACUGUGGCUUAAAAUCACGCAGUGAUUUCUUUGAGGGCCAUGGCGGCCUAAUUAUCACUUGCUGCUGUUUCCACCGAAACCCAGAAGGUACAAGUUCUUCGAUGACUCUCAGUCUACACAUUUGCCGAACCAGAGGACUGCAUAUAAUGCCAGUAUCCUGGGGCAAGAGAAAGAACCAUACCCCAAUCAUAGGCUCCAUUCCACUUCCCCCUGAUGUGCAGCUGGUGACAGGCAUCAUAUGAUACUAGUCGUCGUACCGAUUCAAGCAGAGUUCAUACCUAUCACCAGAGAUCAUCACUAUUUCGGUCCGAAACAUCAGAGAUGCACUGGAUAAUACCAAGUCAAACAGUUGCGCUGACGGGCUUACCUCCGUUGCCUGACGAAGUUGACUCCAUUAUGGCUGUCAUUUACGGGUUUCUGGCAGCACUGAGGGCCAAAAGUCCUGUUGAGUUUGAAAAGUAUUGUGUUCGGGCUGGAGGCAUGUCAGUAUGGCCGCCAUCACCAACUCUUCCUCGUUUCUGUACCAUCGGGGCUUUCGUGGAACAGGUAACGAGGAUUCAGGACGAAAUUGACGAGCGUAUCUGGGACCCAGAAGUGAAGGUAUAUUCACCGGGGAAUAUGGCUGCGGUAUGGGCACCCUUUCGGGCCAAAGUCAAUGGGAUUGUACAUCAUGUGGGGGUGGAGCUCUUUAUUCUCCAUAAACUCAAUGGUGUGUGGAAAGUGACCGGGCUGGCCGAUUCAUGUCGCCAGCCAACAGAGGAGGAAAAGCUGUUGUUGCCAUAGUGAAUUCGGAGCGAAGAGCGCCUGCAAAGGGGGGCCGAGUAUCUCUUAGGGUGGAAAGGAGUAGAUAUGCUCUUGAACAAGUGGUUGUGCCUGAAUUAUGGAGAAGAACAAAGGUUGAUGAGUUCUGCUUGGUGAAUCGCAUGGCAGUUAGUUGUGGCCGCCGGAGCAUGUGAGCCAGCCUCUGAAUAGGA